AUGAAAUAAAAUGCAAAAAAUAGAUUUUGUGAUUUAGUUCAUGCAAUUAAAUAAAGAAAUCCUGAAAGAUGCCUUAUAAUGAUUUUAGAUUAAAUUUCAGCCAAAAUAUUGAGUUCAAUAAUGAAACUUAAAGAUCUGAUAGACAUGGGAGUAUCAACAAUAGAAAAAUUGGAAUUACAACGUAAAUAAUAUCCCAAACAUGAUGCUUUCUAUUUCAUAACACCAUCAGAUGAUUCAGUCAAUAGACUUAUUGGAGAUUUUAAAGACUAAUAAAUGUAUAGAAAAAUUAAUGUGAUAUUUUCUUACAAUUUACCUUAAAGAUUAUUAGAAUAGAUAUGCAAAUCAAAUUUAGCUAAUCGUAUAAUAUAAAUUAAAGAGUUUAACCAUCAUCUUUAUUUUCUUGAUGAUAAUGCUUUCCAUUUUUAAAUUCCACAAAUUUAUUUUGAUGAUUUAAUGCAAAUAGCUUAAUUGUUUUUAUCUUCUUUGCCUUCAAUGAGACCUUUUUAAUGUGUAAAAUUAUCAACAAUAAAAACAAAUCAAUUUGCAUAAUUGUUUACUAAUUAUCUUCCAAGAUUAUUAGAUAAUUGGGAAAGAACAAAUUAAAUGAUAAAAGAUGAUGGUGGAGAAUUACAUUUCUUAAUAUUGGAUCGUAAUUUUGAUCUUCUUACACCAUUGUUACAUGAUUUUCAUUAUGAAUCAUUAGUUGUAGAUCUACUACCUUAGACUUUCUCUCCUUUUGAGUGUGAAGAUAUUGUAUAUCAAAAAUAUAGAUAUAAACAUAUUGCUUAUGCUUUAGAAGGAAUACCCUAAGAAUUUUAAAAAAUGGUUAAUACUAAUCCAUCAGCUCUAAUCCACAAAGGAGACUUUAAAGAAUUAGAUACUCAAAAGAUGUAAGAAAUCAUUAGUUCAAUGCCCAAUUAUAAUAGUUAAUUAAAAGACUUUACUUUUCAUAUGAAUUAAAUUGAUUAAAUCUGGAAAUAAUUCGAAACUAAAGGUUUAAAAGAUUUAGGAGAAUUAGAAUAAGCUUUAGCAACAGGGACUACUAAAUAAGGAAAUCAAACAAAAUCAGAUUAACUAUAUUAGGAAGUCUUAUUUAUGUUAUAAUCAAAAAUCAUUUAAGAUAAUGAUAAAAUUAGAUUAGUUUUAAUAAUUUUACUUACUGUAUCAAUGCCUGAAUAUGAACGUAAAUAGAUACUUGAUAAAAUAACAGAUUUAAAACCAUUUUAUGGUUUAUAGAAGUUAGGAUUUGAUUUUGAUAAAAUGAAAUCAAACAGAAUAACAAAAAAUAUUAAUAAAGAAUCAAGAUUAUUAGCUAAAUAAAAAUUAAGUCAAAUGACUUUAGAAUUAUAAAGACAUACUCCUGAAAUUGAAAAAUUAUUGAAUGAUCUUUUGAAUGAUGAUAAUAAAUUUAAUACAGUUACUUUAUAUGGAUAAAAUUCAAGUUAAAAAUAAACAAAUGCUUAAUAAAGUUUGAGAUCAAAGAAAGAAGAAAAAGUAGAAUAAAUCAGUGUAUGCAUAUUUAUUUUAGGUGGAAUCAGUCACUCUGAAGUUUGUGCAAUUAGAAAUUAUUAUUCAAAUAAGUUAAAAUAAGUAUUUAUUGGAUCUACCUAAAUAAUAAGUCCAUUAUAGUAUUUAGAUCAAUUAAGAAAUUUGAGUUAAUUAUGA